AUGAAGAGGUUUACAGGAUCCCCGCUCUCGUAUUUGACAAUAAAGAGAAAACUCAUGAAAACUGGAAACCUGAACAGAGAAGAGAACUCGGUGAAAUGGUCAGAGUCUAAAGAAAUUGUGACGAAGAAAAAUCUCAAAGGAAAACGCCCGAUGAACCCUUGCCCGAUCUACGCCAAGAAAAGCCACACGCUUUAUCUGUUUGUCAUCGGGGUUGAAGGAAUUAUCCCAGAGGCAGGACAGAUUUUUUGGGGCAUCAAUAAAGCCUCUCUGUUCUUCAUUUCAACCAAGGAUGGCGGUAAAACCUGGAACGAUAUCACUGAGCUGACUGACAACCUUUCUCAAGUAAAGAAUUGGGCAACAUUUGCUGUUGGUCCGGGCCAUGGCGUUCAAACCGAGACUGGCAGACUGAUUGUUCCUGCUUAUGCUUAUCCUUCCUGUUGCAGCUGUUGUGAAGGUGGCCGUAGAUGCCUGGCUACUUUAUUUUGUUGGUGUGGCCCAUUUGGUUGUACAAAUUAUUGCUGCCCUCCUCCCCAUGCGCUGAUAAUUUACAGUGAUAAUGAUGAGAAGAGUUUGAAAAAUGGGAAAAUGCUUGAAGAAACAUCACUUGAAUGUGAAAUAGCUGAGAUAUCUGAUGAGCAAGGUGAGAGGUUAAUCUACUGCAAUGCUCGAAGCUGGGGAGGCUUACGGGUGGAAGCAGUUGCUAAAGAUUGUGAAGAUAGUUUCAGGAAAGUCACUUCCAAGCUUGUGCAAACAGGUACAGGCUGCCAGGGCAGCGUGGUUUCCUUUCCAGCUCAACCUGAGGAAAGCGGGUUAAAUCCAGCUCCUCUGUGGCUGCUUUACUCUCACCCAACCAGUCAGAGUAAAAGAGUGGAUUUAGGGAUCUAUCUGCACAACUCCUCACAAGAUCCUGGUGAAUGGAGUAAACCCUGGGUCAUUAAUCCAGGACCCAGUGGUUACUCUGACCUAGCUUACAUGGAGGAUGGUUUGUUUGCUUGUCUGAUGGAGUGUGGAGAAAAAUCUGAAAUUGAACAGAUAGCAUGUUUAUUUUUCACCUAUGAUGACGUCCAGCAGGGCAUUUUAAAGUAA